CGCCAUUCUCCAAUCGAAACAUUGUGCUGAUUUGUGAUAUCGUGAAAACAUGAUGUAAUUGUUUUUCUGAAUUUUAAGGAAACCGGCUACUGUAGGAUGCAGCGAAGUUCGCAAAUAAAUUAGAGACCAUAUUGUUAUUGAAGAAGAAGUGCCGGUAUUUUCUGUUGCUUGGAUUUAGUUAGCAGAAGCUGUAAUUUUCUGGGAUUGUUUUUCUACGAUGACGUACAGUUGAUCGGAAGGAAGUAAAACUGUGUUAAAUAUAAAAAAUAAGCGUAUUGAAUAAUUAUUUGUAUUUUACGAAUCCGAAUUGAUGUUUCUAUGGCAACUUUAUUGGUGGUGCUCUUUAUGUCUUGACCACAACGUGAAUGUUAGAUACUGGCAGCAUGUAUGCUAAAGGUAAAGGCUCAACAGUACCCUCGGAUGCUCAAGCAAGAGAAAAACUUGCUCUGUAUGUUUAUGAAUAUUUGCUACAUGUUGGAGCUCAAAAGGCUGCACAGACAUUCCUAUCAGAGAUAAGAUGGGAGAAAAAUAUAACAUUAGGAGAACCGCCUGGCUUUUUACAUUCGUGGUGGUGUGUUUUCUGGGACUUAUAUUGUGCAGCACCUGAAAGAAGAGAAACCUGUGAACACUCUAGUGAAGCUAAGGCAUUUCAUGAUUAUGGCUUUGUAAAUUCAGGUUAUGCUGUAAAUGGAAUUGCACAUAACCCAACAGCUCCCAGUCCGUUGGGUCAGAUGCCACCAAAUGAUGGAAUGCCAGGGGGACCAAUGCCACCUGGUUUCUUUCCGAAUUCUCAUAUGCGACCCUCACCGCCACAACAGCCAGCUUCUCAGCCGUCCCCCCAUCCCCAGCCACCACCUCAUUCACAGAUGAUGCAGAAUCAGGGUAUUCACGUGCUGACUUGUAAGAACUGUGUAUGCAGAGAAUCCGGUUGCAUCAGUAACACUGCAAUUGGAUGUAGCUCCCUAAAGAGCUUCAUGGGCCCCCGGUAUCCAGGAGGUCCCCGAGGUCCGAGUGUACGAAUGCCCCAACAGGUGGAGUUCAAU